ACAGUAGUUCUUUGCUCCUUACUCUUGGCCAAGACCCUUAGCCAAGACACAUAUAUCAUGGUAGCCUUCAGAAAUGUGUGAAAAAAUAUACAUGACGGGGCUUACAUUUCUUUUUUUGGAUAGUCUAAGAAACACAUCGAUAAAUUAUUUAUAAUAUAAUUUCGUGUCUUCCACACUGAUAGCACAGACAUCACUUGGCAUAUAAAUUUUAGCUGGAGUGGGCAGAAUCUUUUUCUACUUUCACUUUCAACAGCAUGCUAGUGUCCCUGGCAGGUGGCAACCCUGCUUCGACACCACGACGCGUCAAGACAGAAGACAACUGUGGAUUGAGGAUUGAGGAUUGACUGAGCGCUUUUUCAGUGAGACGGCGUGAGAGACCCUCAGCCUUACCAAGGUCUUCUGUUAGGCUAGUUGUAUAUUGAUCUAGAUUCUAGAUUCUAAUUCUUUUCCGAGUGCUGUGCUAUCAGUGAGUCUUUAGAUUUCUGUGACCGUACUGAAGAGGGAACCGGGAAAAUUUAUCGAAAUGCAGUCUUUAGCCUCCCGGUUGAAGCAGCUUCUGAACUCCACGGAUCCCCACCAAGCCCAAAGCCAAAGUCCAAACACUGCCACCAACUCCACCAACGCCAACUCUAAUGUUGACCAUGCAGAAACGAAGUCAGAAAAUGACCUCGUUGAGAUAAAGGAGGGAGACGAGAGGAGCUGUAGUCCGCCCCGACCAGUUCCCAGCGUAGAGGAUAGGCUUGAUGACGACAACGGCAGUUCUACUGACAACGAGGAGGGAGGUGACCAAGCGGGCAAGUCUGCGUCAGCCCGUACAACAAGGAACUGGGGUUCAGAGGUCAAUGCCAGAUCCGUCUAUGCUGAAGCGUUCCCUUCAGACGCUGAGUUCUGUGAUCUGAUGACUUUCUUCCAGUCGUACGGGUCUGUGGAGAACUUGGUCAUGAGAUAUCACUAUAACACCACUGACUUCCAGGGUUCUGUCUUCGUCACCUUCUGCUCAAGGGAAGAUGCCGAGAAAUUUGUGAAGGAAGAGGAUACUAAGUAUCAGGAGGCGCCAUUAGAGAAAAAAUAUUUCAAGGAAGACUACUUCAGGAAGAAUAAAAAGAAACGAUUGAAGAAGAAGCAGAAGCAAAAGAAGAAGGCGGCCCAGGCUUCCAAAAACUUGGAACAGGAGAAGGAAGAGAAGCUGAGGUCAAGGGUGAAUUUGACGGAAAGUUCUGUCCUGUCUCUGACGGGAAUGGGCCCGGAUACCUCGAGAGAGGACAUCGAAGGUGUUUUUUCACCGUUUGCCAAAGUUGCUUAUGUGGAGUUUCAGCGAGGAGACUCAGAGGGCUAUCUGAGGCUCAAGGAAGCCCACGCUGCCCGCCCUACCAUGGAGAAAGCCAAGGCCUCCAAUGACGGGAAGGUGGUCAUUCACGGCCGGGAGAUUGAGAUGAGGGUGUUGGAAGGUGAGGUCAGUGGGACAGGAGAAGAGGACGGGACUAUUGAGAGGAUGAUCCAAUAAUGGUGAGCCGUCUGCUCACCACUAAGCUGUCACAUCGCUCGGCCGACGGUGGGUUUGUGUGCUGUUCCAAAGGUCAAGGUCAUUCAGCAGAUGUGGGACGUCCCGACUGUCAGCCGAGCAUGUUCAAGGUCCACACAGCACUGAGGGCUUCAGGCACGAGCCAUGUGGAGAUGUCGCCGGGGGUGUCGGGGGAUGUCGCCGGGGGUGUCGGGGAUGGUGUCGGGGGAU